AUGACCGAGCAGGUCGACGCCCUCAGCCCAGCGGGUGUCUCUGAGCUCGCCACCUUCAUCAUCCGCCCUCCACGCGCCCACUACUCCACCUCCGACCUCGGCGACCGCGUCCUGCUCGUAGACAGGGUCCCCGCCUGUCGCACAGACCUCCACCUCCGCAAUGCUCGCGAUCAGACCCUGCAGGCAAGCCACUUCAAGCCCGUCGCCGCGCCCCCCGACGCCCCCGUCGUCGUCUAUCUUCACGGAAAUGGCUCGUGCAGAGUCGAGGCCACCACCCUCCUGCACUACGUCAUCCCGUACGGCCUCUCCCUCUUCGCCUUUGACUUUUCCGGCAGCGGACGCAGCGAGGGCGAGUACAUCUCACUUGGCGUCAAUGAGAAGCACGACGUCGAAACAGUCGUCGAUCAUCUCGUCAACGAAUGCGCCGUCUCCCGCAUCGUCCUCUGGGGCCAUUCCAUGGGCGCGGCCACCGCCGUCAUGUACGCCGGCUUGUGUAAGCGCUCGCCGCAGAUCCGCGCCCUCGUCCUUGAUUCCCCCUUUGCCAGCUUUGAUAAGCUCGCCCAGUCGAUGGUCGCCGAUAUGCCCAUUCCUUCUGCCGUCCCGCGCAAGCUCAUCCUCUCCGUCGGCGUUCGCGCCGUCCGCAAGGCUGUGCGCGAGCGCGCUGCCUUCGACGUCAAUGACAUUGACCCCCUCUCAGCUGCCAAAAAGAUUAACUAUCCGCUCCCAGCCUUGUUCUUGCAUGGCACUGCCGAUGCCGUUGUCCCGCUCACCCAUGGACAACAACUCCACAAGACCUUUCCCGCUUCCGAAAAGCACCUUAUCGUCAUGCAGAGUUUGGAGCACGACACCCCGCGCCCAGAGUGGGUGAUGGAUCGCAUCCAUGUGUUUUUGCAAAAGCAUCUCCGGGAGGAGGGGACCGACGAUAUUUUGUACCUCGAUUAUCUUAAGGGGCGGGGUAAUGCUGCCAUGCUGUCUGGUCGCUUUGAGGAUUCAGUCCAUGUGUAUUCGCAGGCCCUCAAUGCACUUGCCUCCCACUCCAUUGGUUUGGCACACAUGCGGCAUCUCGAUGGGCGCCACACCCGUUCCAAGUUCCACCCACAUGACGUCGAUGAGGACUUCCAGUACCAUGUUGUGCGUCGACAUUCCUCCAUUUCUAACUUUGUGAACAGCGUCAAGCGAUGGCGGAGUUCCUGCGUACCACUUUCAGGGGAUGAAAACAAUUUUCGAGCACCGCGUCAUCACCCAAAAGUUUCGGAGCAACAUCGUCACAGGCAGGCGGCGGCCGAGAAUGCGAGGCAUACUAGCGGACCUGUUCCGAAUGAUUUGAUGGAUUUCAACGAAACUCCAGCUUCUUCACGAGAUUCAAAUGCAGCUAAUGAAUUACAUUCAUUGCACUCGUCACCGCUCGUGGAUGACAAGCGAAGUGACGGGGCGGGGAGUAGCGGCCGAUUUUCUAAAACGGGUCUUACUCGCUCAUGGCACGCCAACAGUUUUAUUGCAAGUCUGAAAAAGAAAAUGAACUUCAGCUGGCACGGCAGUGCCUCCUCGACGCAGUCUCCAACCUCGCAGGGUGUCACUUCCCGUCCAGACGGGACAGAAAAAGAUUCAGCGGACAGGCGCGAGCCGGAUGGGCGUAGAAACUCCAAGUCGUUGUCUCAAGAUGGAGAAUCGCAACAUCGACCGUCGAGUAAAAGCGAGGAACGGCAAGCCCGCAAAGGCAGUCGCAGUCGUUCGAGCUCCACAGGGAGGUUGUCUCGUUCUUCCAGCCGUGUGCGUAUUGGACAUCGUUCAAAACGGCGCGAGAGCGUACUACGUGCUAAUGCCCCUUCUGGCCAAGACCAUGGCUCAGGCCACAGGAUGUGGUACAGCCCUGAUGAAAUGAAGCGACGAAUGAAGACUCCAGAUCUGUCGUCGUUGAAGAGUCGAUUCUCCAACGGGGAUACGGUCACACGUGGCGCAGAAGUGGACUCUCUUGGACGGGUCCCUUCGGACGAGCGGACGACAGCCAGCUUUGAUACGAAGUCAUGGAAGUUGGACGACGAGCGGAAAGCGCUAGCGCUGGCACUGCUCGGAAAUCGCAGUCUUGCACGAAGAAGGGCGAAGGAUGUGAACGGAGCGCUAGCCGACGCCAUGACGAGCAUUGAUUUGGAUCCGUCGUGGGUGCGUGGAUACGUGCGCAAAGCGGCUGCACUACGAGAGAUUGGGGACUUGCGCCAAGCGAGGGUGUGCGUGGUCGAAGGUCUGCGACAGGAUCCGGAACACGCAGGUCUGACGGAUAUGCUGCAGUCAGUUGAUAUCGCCCUCGAGGCUGAGAAGUUGGCGCAUGAGCGCAAGCAGGUACAACGAACGGAAGAAAGCGAAGCGGAUGUCAACGCGCUUUCCGGACAGGCGUAA